AUGCCGCCGAAGCGCAAGUCCAAGGCCAAUCUGGCAGAGGUCGGAACCCCCAAGACGUCCGCUGCGCCUGCGCCAGGCGAUGAUGCCAUGGAAAUCGACACCCCUCAGGCCGCCGAGACGCCUCGAGCUGCUGAGACCCCUACAGUCACAAAGUCCAACCUGCCGACCACCUUGGAAGUGCUCAACGACCCCUGGACUGAAGACCAGAUAUCAUCACUGUUGAAGGCCAUCAUCAUAUGGAAGCCUACCGGUAUUCACAAGCAUUUCCGAAUGAUCGCUAUUUCCGAACACUUGCGAAACCACGGCAUCGACCCCGAUGCCGAGCCCCAUACCCGCAUUCCCGGAAUCAGGAAGAAACUGGCUGAGUUCUUUAACAUGGAAAAGAUAGACGAGCGGGACAAUGCAUUUGACUACCUUAAGGAGGACGGUGGAGACGAAGCGGCUGAAGACGUCUACAAAUCCUUUGACCUCCCUCCCGACGACUUCCACGACUUGAUGUGGGCACGUGCCAUGGCCGACCCCAACAAACCGGACGAGCAGAGCGAACAAAGCGACUCCGCCGCAGGGGUAAAAGGCACGGCGAAGAAAGCGGGCAGCAAGCGCAAGCGAGGCAAUACCAGUGCCGCCGACGGAUCGAGCGUUGCCGGUAGUAGCACCACCAAGACGCGACGAUCUAGCACGGUCGAUGACACCGAUCAGGAAACCCCUUUCCCCAGUAGCCCCGUGGGAAAGAGCGCGAGAGGUGCCAGAAGUCGAAAGCGCGCUGCUACGAAGGCUAAAGUCAAGGGUGACGCGGACUUGGACGAUGAAGAGGAUGAGGAAGAAGCCGAUGAUGACGAGGAGGAGGAAGAAGAUGAGGACAGCGAAGAUGAAGAGGAGGAGGAGAAAGAAGCUCCGGCUACCCGUGGCCGAGGAACUGCUGCUCGAGGUCGAGGCCGCGGGCGAGGUCGGGGCAAGGCUAGCCGGAAGAAGGCUUAA